AUGCACCAGGGACCCCCGUAUGUGCAGUACUCCAUUUACCCCUCGCAACAGCCGACGAUUAAGCCAUACCCCUCAAUGACCGCAGUGUCUCCGGAGACGAGGAAUAUGCUUAACCUCCUUGAAAGUCUCUUUAAGCCAGAGCUGCGUGAGAAGGCCAUUUUUGAGCUGGCCAAGCACCGCGAGAAAUUUCAGCAACUCGGACUAUUUUUGUGGUACAGCGUAGGCACGAUGGCGAUCCUGCUGCAUGAGGUCAUCUCUGUCUAUCCCCUCCUGCACACCCCGGAGCUGCUUUCAAAGAAGACAACCAGCCAUGUGGGUAGUGUCCUCACGCUGCUUCAGAGCGUUGCCUACGAGGAUUCAACCCGCAAGUUGUUUUUGGAUGCCCACAUUUGCCUCUUUCUCUAUCCCUUUCUUCGUGGGACGAGUAGUGGAACGGGUAAUGUGACGGAGGGCCUUCGUCUGACCUCACUUGGCGUCAUUGGCGCCCUUGUCAAGACCGACGACGCCGACGUGAUGCAGUAUCUUCUUAGCACGGAAAUAUUCCCGCUUUGUCUCAAGAUCAUGGAAUACGGACUUGAGCUCUCACGGACGCUCGCUACCUUCGUUGUGCAGAAGCUCUUGCUCUCAGACCUUGGCCUGCAGUACGUCUGCCAGACACCAGAGCGAUUUAGGGCUGUUGCAACGGUCCUGCAGAACAUGGUGGGGUCGAAGGACUGCACGCCACGCCUCCUGCGGUACAUCAUUCGUUGCUACCUGCGUCUUUCCGAGAAUCCACGUGCCUGCGACGCACUUUCUCAGUGCCUGCCAGGCGUGCUUCGCAACGAUACGUACAAGCAGGCCCUCGAAAGUAGUCCUAACAUCAAAAAGUGGCUGCUGCAACUUCUUGUGAACAUUGGCGACGAGGGGGCGAGGAAGAUUGUGGAGGGCAACAUGAAUGCUUAG